UUGAUGCCUGGCGGUGUUCUAUGGUAACGAGUGUCAUAUUUUAGUGCCUGGAGGACUUAUCCCUUCAAGCGUCGUAACUAAAGGUUUGAGCCAAUGCUACUAGCUGAAGCGCUAAAAGCUUUGUAACUAAGCUUGGCAGUAUUCGCCCUGUCUGUGACACUCUAGUCAAAUGACGCUAGUCAAGAUGGGUUAAACUGCUAUGCACAUUAAUGUGCUAUAAAGUGCCAAUGGACAACGGCGAAACUCAUCACUACAGAUCCAACAGUUCCAGUCAUGGUCAACACUACUACCGCAGCGGGACUCAUCGGUGUUGUUCUUUUGACCCGCCACGGCGACAGCACGAUAUACUACCAAGACCCAACUACAUACAACUCCACCCAAUCAUACGUCACCCCUCUUGGAGAGCAACAAGAAUUUGAACUCGGGAGCUUCCUUCGUAAUACAUAUCUCAAUCCCGAUUCGCCAUCUUUCAUCCAGAAUAUCAGCACUGACGUGGUAAACAUCGAUCAGCUGGCAGUCCGCUCAGACGCCGGUGGAGGAAAUGGUAUCCUGAACUCCGCAUAUGCUCUGCUUCAGGGUCUCUAUCCAUCCACACAAAAGUCACAGAUAACUUUGGCGAAUGGUACAAAGGUCACCCCUCCUCUUGGGGGAUACCAAUAUAUUCCAGUACAAUCUUUGGAGUAUUGGCAGAGUCCGUCUCUCACGAGCUGGAUGGAGUGCGAGUAUUUCCAAGAUCAUCUAAUCCGGCUUUACGCUUCGUCUUCAUUCAUAAACAUGUCUACCACUGCCGCGCCCUUCCUGACUGCAUUAAAGCCUUACUUGGGAGGCGUCAGUAACAACUUCACGAACAUGUGGAAUAUAUAUGACUAUGUCAAUGUCCAGUACACUUAUAACCAGACCUAUUACAAGACCCUACCUCCCACUUUCCUCCAGCAAGCUCGCUAUUAUGCCGAUUGGGUGCAACGCAAUGUCUUCACCGAUUCUACGUCAAGUAGCAUCGGACAAGUUGCCAUUCGGACACUCUUCCCGGAGGUCUUCUGGGCUUUGGGCAACAUGACAAAGAGUUCUAACAAAGUCAAGAUGAAUAUUCAGGAAAUCGAUUACAAGCCAUUCAUCAGUCUGUUUAACGUCACCAACGCUACCCUGACUAAUCCCGGGAUUAGUGGUAUCCCCAACUAUGCUUCUGUCGUUGCCCUCGAGUUGUCACAGAACUCGCAGGGUCAGUACGAGGUCAGCAUGAAGUUUAAGAACGGCACUGAGGAUAGCCAAUUCGGUCAACUUGAGAUAUUCGGCAACACGAGCAUCAGCCUUAACAGUUUUAUUCAACAACUUACUGUCAAUACGAUUCCGAUCAACAAUACUAAUGAAUGGUGCUUCUCCUGCAAUCAGACUAUCCAGCGCGGAUGCUCUGUCUAUAACUUCAGUAAUGACCCCUUCUUGAAUGGCAUUGGUACUGGUUAUACGCGCUAGACGAGGUGUAUCUUUAGAUUUUCUGGAUGUAAAACUACAUAAUUAUUUCGAAUAAUCCAUCGUUCUCCAGAACUCAACAUCAGUGAGCGAUGGCGUUUAGACUUCAAGAAAUAUGUACAUUGAGCAAUGAAAGCACCGCAAUUUCCCUCGCCCUCCCUCUAGACCAUCCUUCCUACGAAUAACUCCCCUUGAAAAAACGCCCCAAGGUCCCCUUUGUAUCCAUAUAGCAUCAACCACUUGUAAGAGUAUAAGUAAGUGUCAUCAUUUCGUGAAAUAGGUGGUAGUCACUGACUAUCUGUUUGAGUAGCAGAGUCGCCUACAGAUCUCCUAUUAAUUCGAAUAUAUUGAAAUCGCUAUCGGGCUCUGCAGUUAAUUCGAGGGAAGGAAGAAGGGUAACAUAUUCAGCUCGCUGCUGAUCUG